AGAGAUAGAAUAGACAUCUCAUCGGCAAUUUGUUAUGUCUACUAGGGUUGCCACCUUUUCUGGAAAAAAAUACCAGCCUUCUUAUAUAUGUAUCUUUCCUAUUAAUAACAUUGGGAUCAACCAUCAUUUUUACCGGCCAGGCCAGUAAAAUACCAACCAAGUGGCAACCCAAUUUGAUAGCCGAGGAUGAAUAGGGUAUAACGGUGCUUUAUUAGCAAUUUCAUGCAGCCAUUACACUUCAAAAAGGAACUUCAACUCUAACACUUUAAGCAUUUAUAGAAAGUACUAUGUAUGCACAGUAUACUCUUGUACACAGUGACACCUACAGGCCAUUUGUAUAAACACCACAGGUCCAAUUUCUGUACUAAACACAGUCACCUUCCUGCAGUGCUAUGCCAAGUCAUCUGGGUGCCCUAGGCAACCCAGCUGACUAUGUUGCCCCCUCCACAUGCGUGUGCAUGAACAAUUGCAUGUGCAUGAACAAUAGCGCGCACAUGCACAGACCAGCGCAUGAACAAUAGCACGCAUGCACAGACCAGUGCAUGCACCAAUGAUGCAUACAUGCGUGGAAGAGUGUGAGUGGCCGCAGUGCUGAAAUUGCUGCCUAAGGUGGGGAUGCUUGAGAAAGGGGUCACGCCCCGAAACGUUGCAUCCGCAAUAAACGAGCAAGGUUAUACCUGCUAGUAAUACCCAUGCUGUGCCGGUGUCUUCUUGUCUAUGCCAAAGGUGGGGACACAGGGGUCUAAACUAGGGGGAAUCCUGCAGAAGAGGUACUGUGCCUGGUGCCCCUUCAACUUUGCACCCUACGAAUGUGCCUCUUCUGCCGACCCCUAGUUCUGUCCUUGCCUUCCUGUUCCCAUCAAGAGACACACGCUGAGAAGCCUAAUAACUAAUAGCUGAUAGUAAUGAAGUGCAUGGCAGGAUUUGUACUACAAACAGUAUCAGUCACCCCUCAGCCACUGAUAUGUGUAUUACACCCAGGGAAUGAGCUUUAAUCAGUGUUGUUAUUAAUAGAUGAACUAAAUCUUAUAUUUCAAUGUUUUUGUCCCUGUUACAAGCUGCAUUUGUUUCAUUUCCCUCUGUGGUGAGGUUUCUCUUUGCCCUAUAAAAAUAUUCCUGAUAAUGACACCAACAUCUCAGUAAUGUAAUGCUGGUCACAUGGUCACAUAGUGGGACACACAACUGAGAGGAGCAAGUCAUUUGAAUACUGGGAAAUCCCACCAGCACUAGGACCAUGAAGCUCCUGUCUCCUUGGGGGAGGGGCCAGAGCAGCAUUUUGUGGCAGUUACACACACAGAACAGGCAGUGAGUUUUGUUUGUCAUAAACUGCCACAUGUGAAUGGCAGUGCUCCUGGCAGAGACUCUAGCCACUGGCCCCGGGAUGAAUUGGCCCCAAACUGACUGGUGACAAGAACACUAGGAGCCUGGGAAGCUGAUGUGAGGAUUGGGGGAAGAAUCUGUGGAAAAGGAAGUCCCAGGGAAUCGGGAAGUGAGAGAAGAGGUAGAGAAGCCCCAGAAGCCAAUGAUUGUGAUUCUUUGGAUAAAGACAAGAGACCAUUAGACUGUGCAACUUCUCCAACACCAGCAAAUACUCACAUUGGAAAGAAACAUCUGUAUCAGACUCAGAAUCACCAUCAUUACAAUGAACAUUCCCAACUCCCAGAAGGAACUUCCCUCAGUAGGAAAACAAUUUGAAUGCUCAGAAUGUGGGAAAACAUUUGCAAAAAAAUCUAACCUUCUUAUUCAUAUGAGACUUCACACAGGAGAGAAACCAUACAAAUGCUCAGAAUGUGGGAAAAGUUUUAGGCUAACUAAAUCCCUUAAAGAACACCAGAGAAUUCACACAGGGGAGAAACCGUACACAUGCAGGGAAUGUGGGAAAAGCUUUUCAACAAAAACCGACCUUAGAAAACAUCUGAGACUUCACACAGGAGAGAAACCAUACAAGUGCUCAGAAUGUGGGAAAACAUAUGCAAAAAAAACUGACCUUCUUAAUCAUAUGAGACUUCACACAGGAGAGAAACCAUUUAUGUGCACAGAAUGUGGGAAAAGUUUCAGGCUAAAAGAAUGCCUUAAAAUACACCAGAGAAUUCACACAGGGGAGAGACCGCACACAUGCACACAAUGUGGGAAAAGUUUCAGGCUAACUAAAUCCCUUAAAGAACACCAGAGAAUUCACACAGGGGAGAAACCGUACACAUGCAGGGAAUGUGGGAAAGAUUUUACAACAAAAACCGACCUUAGAAAACAUCUAAGACUUCACACAGGAGAGAAACCAUACAAGUGCACAGAAUGUGGGAAAACAUUUGCAAAAAAAAAUGACCUUCUGAUUCAUAUAAGACUUCACACAGAAGAGAAACCAUUUAUGUGCACAGAAUGUGGGAAAAGUUUCAGGCAAAGCGAGACCCUUAGAAAACACCAGAGAAUUCACACAGGGGAGAAACCACACACAUGCACAGAAUGUGGGAAAAGUUUCAGGCAAAGCGGGACCCUUAGAAAACACCAGAGAAUUCACACAGGGGAGAAACCACACACAUGCACAGAAUGUGGGAAAAGUUUCAGGCAAAGCGAUACCCUUAGAAAUCACCAGAAAAUUCACACUGGGGAGAAACCUUUCACAUGCACAGAAUGUGGGAAAACAUUUACAAGAAAAAAUGACCUUAAUAAACACCAGAUACUUCACACCGUGAGAAAACAGGAGAAAACAUUUAUGUGCACAGAAUGUGGGAGAAGUUUCAGACAUAGCAGUACCCUUAGACAACACCAGAGAAUUCACACAGGGGAGAAACUUUUCUCAUGUGCAGAGUGUGGGAAAAGAUUUUCAAGAAAAUGCCUGCUUCAUGCUCACCAGAGGACUCACACAGGAGAGAAACCAUUCAUGUGUACAGAAUGUGGGAAAUGUUUUAGCCAAAAUACAAUCCUUAAAGAACACCAAAAAGUUCACACAGGGGAGAAACCUUUCCCAUGUGCAGAGUGUGGGAAAAGAUUUGCAAGAAAAUGCCUGCUUAAUACUCACCAGAGAACUCACACAGGAGAGAAACCAUUCAUGUGUACAGUAUGUGGGAAAAGUUUUGGCCGAGAUACAAUCCUUAAAGAACACCAGAAAAUUCACACAGGGGAGAAACCUUUCCCAUGUGCAGAGUGUGGGAAAAGAUUUGCAAGAAAAUGCCUGCUUAAUACUCACCAGAGAACUCACACAGGAGAGAAACCAUUCAUGUGUACAGAAUGUGGGAAAAGUUUUGGCCGAAAUACAAUCCUUAAAGAACACCAGAAAAUUCACACAGGGGAGAAACCUUUCACAUGCACAGAAUGUGGGAAAAAUUUUAGCCGAAAUACAAUCUUUAAAGAACACCAAAAGAUUCACACAGGGGAGAAACCUUUUACAUGCACAGAAUGUGGGAAAAAAUUUCCAAGAAAAAAUGACCUUAAUAAACACCAGAGACUUCACACAGAUGAAAACCAUUUAUGUGCACAGAAUGUGGAAGAAACUGUGCAACUUCUCCAACACCAGCAAAUCCUCACAUUGGAAAGAAACAUCUGUAUCAGACUCAGAAUCACCAUCAUUACAAUGAACAUUCCCAACUCCCAGAAAGAACUUCCCUCAGUAAGAAAACAAUUCAAAUGCUCAGAAUGUGGGAAAACAUUUCCAAAAAAAGCCAACCUUCUUGUUCAUAUGAGACUUCACACAGGAGAGAAACCAUACAAGUGCACAGAAUGCGGGAAAAGUUUCAGGGUCAUAGAAUGCCUUAAAGAACACCACAGAAUUCACACAGGGGAGAAACCUUACACAUGCAUGGAAUGUGGGAAAAAAUUUACAACAAAAACUGAACUUAAAAAACACCUGAGACUUCACACAGGAGAGAAACCAUUCAAGUGCACAGAAUGUGGGAAAAGUUUCAGGCUUACAGAAUGCCUUAAAGAACACCAGAGAAUUCACACAGGUGAGAAACGGCACACAUGCACGGAAUGUGAGGAAAGAUUUACAACAAAAUCCAACCUUACUAUACACCUGAGACUUCACACAGGAGAGAAACCAUUUAUGUGCAUAGAAUGUGGAAAAAGUUUCAGGCUACACGGUAUCCUUAGAAAACACCAGAGAAUUCACACAGGGGAGAGACCGCACACAUGCACUGAAUGUGGGAAAAAAUUCACAACAAAAGAUGACCUUAAUAAACACCAGCGACUUCACACGGAAGAGAAACCAUUUAUGUGCAAAGAAUGUGGGAAAAGUUUCAGGCAAAGCGGUACCCUUAGAAAUCACCAGAAAACUCACACUGGGGAGAGACCGCACACGUGCACAGAAUGUGGAAAAAGUUUCAAGUUAAUCAAUACCCUUAGAAAACACCAGAAAAUUCACACAGGGGAGAAACCUUUCAUAUGCACAGAAUGUGGGAAAAGAUUUACAACAAAAACUGACCUUAAUAAACACCAGAGAAUUCACACAGAUGAAAGACCAUACAAGUGCACAGAAUGUGGGAGAAGUUUCAAAGAAAACAGUACCCUUAGAAAACACCAGAGAACUCACACGGGGGAGAAACCGUUCUCAUGUGCAGAGUGUGGGAAAUGCUUUGCAAGAAAAUGCCUUCUUAAAGCUCACCAGAAAACGCACACAGGAGAGAAACCAUUCAUGUGCACAGAUUGUGGCAAAAGUUUUAACCGAAAUAUAAUCCUUAAAGAACACCAAAGAAUUCACACGGGGGAGAAACCUUUUCCAUGCACAGAAUGUGACAAAUGGUUCUCUAAAAAGAAAUACCUCAACAGACACCAGAAAAUUCACAUAAAAAAAGAAACUUUCCCAUGUACAGAAUGUGGCAAACCUUUUUCUACAAAGAACAACCUAGAGUGUCAUUCUGUUACCCACACUGGGGAGAAUGUUUUCACGCGUGCAGAAUGUGGGGAAAAUUUACAGCAAAAACCCACCUUCAUUUUCAACUGAGACUUCAGAUCGCGAAUAAACCAUUUACAUGCUGAGAAUGUGGGAAAGAUUUUAGGAUAAAAUAUUUCCUGAAAGAACAGCAGAUAAUUUGCACAGAAGAGAAACCUUUUACAUGCACAGAAUGUGGGAAAAGAUUUGCAACAAAAAGCCACCUUCAUUGUCACCUGAGAAGUCACACAGGAGAGAAACCAUUCAUGUGCACAGAAUGUGGGAAAAGUUUUAGCUGAAACACAGUCCUUAAAAAACACCAGAGAAGAGAACUUUUAUAUGCACAGAAUGUGAGGCUAAAUUUACCAAAAAAAAGCUGCCUUGAUACUCACCUGAAAAUUCACACAGGAGAGAAACUAUUUAAGUGCACAGAAUGUUUCACUGUACUGAGUGAGGAAUUGAAACAGGGAGAGAUUGAACAUGUGCACAGAAUGGGGGGCAUGUGAGAAAGUCCCAUUCAUUUGCACAGAAUGUAAGAAUAUGUCUCUCCCUGUUCUUUUCUCAUGCACAGAAUGUGGCAAAUGGUUCUCUAAAAAGCUAUAGCCAUGGGCAGAUGUCCAAUAAGGAUAGAGGGAGGCUAAGUCUUCUCAAACAGUUUACUGAGAAAAAAGAAUAAGAAUAAUCUUUACUGACUGUUUUUCCCGCUCAAUUUGUAAGUCCCGGUCCUGCCACAUGAGGAUUGGCUGAGCUUUGAGGAAGAAACGUGACACUUCCUGCAGUCUAGCCAAU